CAUGAUAGGAAGUUCCUAGGGAUAUUCCUUGUUCGCACAGCUACUUGCGGCAGUGUUCACUUCACAAAGCCAUUUUCUGUGCGAUUGCAGAGCAUUGCAGAGCGACCGGUUUGCAUUCGUUCCCUCGUCUUCUUCGGUUGGCUUCCACGUUUAAGGUAUCAGAAUGACCACUGACCCAGAACGCGCUGGUGAUGCUAGUGACAUGGAAUCUGUUGAAGAUGAAGAUGACACUCAUCGUGCGUCAGAACUUUCUUCACAGAUUCUCUGUAGGCCUGAUGUUCUGGCUGCUUUGCAAGACCGCCUUCAUGCACAAAUGUUGGAAAAUUUGCCAGCACCUGUGAAACGUAGAAUUAAAGCGCUUAAGCAAUUACAGUUGGCAACAACUAACAUUGAAGCAAAAUUUUAUGAGGAGGUUCACAAAUUAGAGUGCGCAUAUGCUAAGAAGUGUGCGCCUCUCUAUCAAAAGCGUAGUGAGAUUGUUUCUGGUGCAUAUGAGCCAACUGAGGAACAGUGCGUUUGGGAGAGUGACGAGGAAGAAGAGAAUCUCACUAAUGAUAUGAAGACAAAGGUGAAAAUUGAAGAGGCAAAGGAUGAGUCUAAGGAUGAGGCUGAGAAUGAAAAUAUCAAAGGAAUUCCAGACUUUUGGCUGACGAUAUUCAAAAAUGUUGGUAUGCUUGCUGAAAUGGUUCAGGAACACGAUGAACCAAUUCUUAAACAUCUGACUGAUAUAAAAAUUCAAUUUUUGGAAUCUAAUCCUAUGGGAUUCACAUUGGAGUUCCAUUUUGAACCCAAUGAUUAUUUCUUGAACUCUGUGCUAACUAAGGAAUACUAUAUGAAAUGCACACCAGAAAAGUCUGAUCCGUUUGGUUUCGAAGGUCCUGAGAUUUACAAGAGCAAGGGAUGCACAAUUAAUUGGAAGAAGGGAAAGAACAUAACUGUUAAGACAAUUAAGAAAAAUCAGAAGCACAAAUCUCGAGGCUCAAUGCGCACAAUUACGAAAACUGUGCAAAACGAUUCUUUCUUUAAUUUCUUCACACCACCUGUCGUGCCAGAGGAUUCUGACGCUGAUAUAGAUGAGGAGACUCAAGCCCUGCUUAGUAGUGACUUUGAAGUUGGACAUUACAUCAGAGAACGUAUUGUUCCAAGAGCUGUCCUAUAUUUUACAGGCGAAGCUCUUGAAGACGAGGAUGAUGAGUAUGAAGAGGAUGAAGGUGAUGACGACGACGUCGAUGAUGAUGACGAUGACGACGAUGAUGAAUCUGCCAAUGUGGUUACUAUAACGCCUAAACCAGGGGUUCCAUGGAAGAACCCUGAUGAUUGCAAGCAACAGUAAAAAUUCCUUGGCAUCUGAACGAGUUUUCGAAAAAAAUGGUGAAGUGGAUCGAGAUUGAAGAGUGUCCUUAAGAUCGAAGGAAAACGACUAUUAUCAUUACAUUCUUGUACUUGAAUAAUAUCUUAAUAAUUUCGUACGUCGAGAAUUUAUCUCUUUACCAGAAUAUACGUACCAGCCAAACCAGUUACGUAUAACGUUGUUAAUCGUAAUCGACACGUUAUAUAAAGGAAUUGCUAUAAUUGUAUUAAACAAAAAAUAGAAAAAGGAAUGCAAGAAUAAGUAAAUAGGGAGAGAGAAACGAAAAAAAAAGCAGUAACAAAGGUGUAAAGCAUUGGCUUGGAGUAUCCAUUUAUUUUCGUAUAAAAUUAAAAUGUAAACGUAAUAUACAAAUUAUCCACUA